AUGGACCUGUGGAACUGGGAUGAAGCGUCACUGCAGGAAGUGCCUCCUGGGGACAAGAUGACAGGACUGGGAGCGGAAUUUGGCUUCUAUUUCCCUGAAGUGGCCCUGCAAGGGGACGCACCGAUCACACCAAUGACAGUAGAGAACUGCUGGAAAGGGUUCUCAGAGCUGGACUGGAGCCCCGCUUUACCACAGGAGGAAGUACCUUGUGAGAAGGGGCCGGUUGCUCACCCCGUUCCGUGGUCGCGAGACUGGAGUGACCUGGGGUGCAAUACCUCGGACCCGUGGAACUGCGCUUUACAGACGCCAGGCACAAGCCCUUCCUUCCCUGGCUUUGAAGGGGCGACCGACCAAUAUCCUGCCACCUCAGCUGGAGGGGAUCCCUCGUGGUCGCACCCCCCGGCCACCUGGAGCACCGCCAGCUGGGACAGUUCUGCGGGCACCAAUGGCGCCACCUAUUGGGACAAUGGCCUGGGCGGGGAAGCCCGUGCGGACUAUAAAACGUCGUGGGGCGGGUCUGCGGGUUCGGACUACACCUCCUCGUGGAAUCCUGGGCUGCAGGACUGCAGCGUCCCUUGCGAGGCGUUCCAGAGUGCAGCAUUCACCACGUCCUCCAAAUCGAGCCAGCAGUCUGAUCGGGCCACCUUAAGUCGCUACCGCAAAACUAACCACCGAGGUCCCAUUCAGCUGUGGCAAUUUCUCCUGGAGCUGCUCCACGACGGGGACCGCAGCAGCUGCAUCCGCUGGACGGGUAACAGUCGCGAGUUCCAACUGUGCGACCCCAAAGAGGUGGCCAGGCUGUGGGGCGAGCGCAAGAGGAAGCCGGGAAUGAACUAUGAGAAGCUGAGCCGAGGUCUGCGCUACUAUUACCGCCGCGACAUCGUGCUCAAGAGCGGUGGGCGCAAGUACACGUACCGCUUCGGGGGACGUGUGCCGGUCCUUCCCUGUCGGGACAGCAUGGGGCACCUGCCAGGUGCAGAAAGCCAAUAA